AUGAAGAAAUCCAGGCACAAGUGGUUACACCAUGACAUCCAAAACGAGACAUUACAGGAUAUUGCUUUUAAAAUCAUGUUUCAGAAUGUCCGAGAGAUGAAAAAUGCAGAGUAUUUCUCAAUACUUAUGGAUGAAACAGUAGACAUUGUUAGGACAGAGCAAGUUUCCAUUUUUUACCAAGUCGUCUCUUCUGAUCUCAUUGCUUCAGAGUACUUCAUGGAGUUUUAUUCGACCGCGAGUACUAAAUCCAAAACAUUAAUCGAUAUCGCCAAAGAUGUUCAUGUUCGUUUUGAUUUACCGCUUUCGAAGCUCAGAGGGCAAUGCUAUGAUGGGGCUGCGAAUGUUUCGGGGACAAUUUCGGGAUUGCAACAAAGGAUCAAAGAAGAAGAGCCUAGAGCACUUUUUGUCUACUGCAAUGCUCAUAAUCUCAAUCGUGUUAUUGAAGAUGGAAUUGAAAAAGUGCUUGUAGUCAGAAAGUUCAUCCGAGAAGUGAGGGAUAUGAUAAACUGUGUACCCUAUCAUAAAAGCGUUCCUAAGUUCAUUGACAAGUGA